AUGGUCUUUCAGGUGGCUGUUGUUGCCUCGGCCACCCGGUGCCCGUAUGGGGCACCUCGGGAGCCACAAUCGCGCUACAAAGAAUCGCCAGCGACAUAUACUCCCUUCGAGCACCUCGCUGCAGACACUUUCCCCGAGAUCUCUCUGAACGGCGAGAAACCCUUGGCAGAGACCAGCUACCCGAGCCAGACCACCCGUCUCCCGCCCAUUACCUACACCGGCCGCUUCUCUUUGGAGCCGGCGUCGAGCGGUGGAGGCAGCACCCCGUUAUGGCCGGAGCCUCUCUUCAGCCUGGUGAGCGGCCUGGUGGGCAUGGCUAACCCGCCGACUACGUCCGCCCAGUCCUCGUCCGCCUCUUCGCCGAUCGCCAGCUCCGCUUCUCCCAGCCCGGCCCUGAGCUGCUCGGUGCAGGCCAGUGACCCCAGCCCCAUCUACUCGGCGGCGCCCACCUUCCCCAACCCCGGCGGGACCGACAUCUUCCCGGAGCCAGCCAGCCAGCCCUUUCCCAGCCCGUCCGGAGCCUCGCUGCAGUUUCCGCCUCCGGCAUACCCGACGGCCAAGAGCGGCUUCCAGCUGCCCAUCAUCCCGGACUACUUAUUCCCGCCGCAGCCCCCGCCGCAGCCAGGCGAGCUGGGUCUGGGCGCGGUGGAGCAGAAGCCUUUCCCGGGCCCGCAGCCCUCGCUCACGCCGCUCUCCACCAUCAAAGCCUUCGCCACGCAGAGCGGCGGCGCCGGCCCUCCUCAGGAGCCCAAGAGCCUCCCGGGCGGCGGCUCCUACCAGGCGCAGCUGGUCAAGCCCAGCCGCAUGAGGAAGUACCCCAACCGGCCCAGCAAGACCCCGCCACACGAGCGGCCCUACGCCUGCCCCGUGGAGUCCUGCGACCGUCGCUUCUCGCGCUCCGACGAGCUCACCCGCCACAUUCGCAUCCACACCGGCCAGAAGCCCUUCCAGUGCCGCAUCUGUAUGCGCAACUUCAGCCGGAGCGACCACCUCACCACCCACAUCCGCACGCACACGGGGGAGAAGCCCUUCGCCUGCGACAUCUGCGGCCGCAAGUUUGCCCGCAGCGACGAGAGGAAGCGCCAUACCAAGAUCCACCUCCGGCAGAAGGACAAGAAGGCCGACAAGGGCCCCGCCGGGCCCCAGGCACCCUCAGCUCCCUCCCCUCUGGCCCCCUACUCGGCCUCGACGGGCUCUACCUCCUAUCCCUCUCCCAGUGCCACCUCUUUUCCCUCGCCGGUGCCUGCCUCCUACUCGCCCCCAGCGACCUCCUACUCCUCCCCCGUGACUUCGGCCUUCCCCUCUUACCCCUCGCCCUCGGUGGCUACCAGCUACGCGUCGAUCGCCUCAUCCACCUUUCAGAGCCAGGCAGGGGCAGGGGGCAGCUCCUUCCCCUCGCCCGGUGGCCUCUCCAGCCCCUUCAGCUCCCCAGUGACUUCAACCCUUCCCGACUUGGCCUCCACGUUCUCACCUCGGACCAUUGAGAUCUGUUGAAAAGAGAGAGGGAAGCGAGGCCCCCACAAGGCCUGGUCACACAGGCCUGGCCAGCCUGAUCCAGGCCCGUCUCCCGGGCAGCCUGCAGGGCCUCUGGACCUUUCAACUGCCUGAAAAGCAGCUCGCCAACUCCAGGACCAUGGAGUUGCUCCACUUCUGUCCAAGACCUGAACCUGCAUGGACAAGCAAGCUCGAUCUUCUUUCCCGAGAGCCCCCUCCCCCUCCCUCCGGGCCGUGGUCCAUCAGGAAGCAAAGGACGCUGGGCUCCAGGCGGCCACAAUGUGAUCGUGUGCCUGUGCUGCCACAGCUUUGCUUCCCCUGGGGAUCCUCCUGGAAACCCUCGACGUGCCAACCUCUUUGCAGAUUCAUCUUGCUUAUUCUUUGGAGUACGAAGGACCAUUAUUAUUAUUUUGUAAGUUGUGAGUUUUGCUCUUUUAGUGACGACGAAGCUGUAAUGAGUUUUACAACAUGUUCUGGGGGAGGGGGUGCGGGAGUUAAAAAAAAGCAGCACUUAAAACUAUGUGUUUGAGCAUGUCAAAAGUGUGAUGUUCUUUGUAAAUAUCACCUUGAGGAUGAAAGCACUCUCACGUGGCAAAAAGUUCUUUGGUUUUCCUCCGGUUUUUUGUUUUUUUUUUUCCCCAGUCCCAAGUCUUGGUGCCUUGUUGUGAAGCCCUGCUGACGUCAUGCAUUUGUGUGAUUGGAUGCUUUGCAUCUAGCCUUAAGGGUAAAGGGAAAGUGUGAAGAGGAGGGACUGAGGCUCAGAAACAAAAAUGGGAAGGAGCCGUAAGGUGGAAUGUAAGCAAAAACAAAACACAAAAAACCGUACUUCUUAAAAGUCUAUUUUUGUUACAGAAGUGUAAAAAUUUAUAAAUAUAUUCAGCAGUUGAAAUGUUGUAGUUACCUACUGAGUAGGCGGCAAUUUUGUAUGUUAUGAACAUGCGGUUCAUUAUUUUUGUGGUUUUAUUUUUGACUUUGUACUUGUGUUUGUUUAUAAGCCAACACAUUGAAUGCGCUUUACUGCCAAUGGAAUAUUUGGUGUACAAUAAUCUCUGGAAAAGUGAAUAAAACUAUCGAGAGACCAGCA